AUGCCUGUCACCGAAAUCAAAGACUUUAAACAGUUCCAGGAAGUGAUCAACUCCAAAACCCCGGUAAUAAUCGACUUUUGGGCACCGUGGUGUGGCCCGUGCAAGAUAAUUUCCCCCAUAUUCGAGAAAUUCUCCAACGAAUCGAGCAAUGCCGGCCUAGGAUUCUACAAGCUCGACACCGAUGAGAACGAAAACGCCAUGGUUGAAGCAGGCGUCCGUGUUAUGCCCUCGUUUAUGGUCUUCCAGGACGGAAACAAGCUGGGUGAAGUCGGUGGUGCUCUUCCGACGCCUCUUGCGGCACUGAUCAAGAAACACACCGGAGAAUCUACUGUCGAGGCAACUGGAGAGAAGCUAUGA